UCUCCCCCCCCCCGUCCCUUCCCCUCCCCUUCCCCAGCCCCUUACCCCUCCUCCCCUCGUUCCUUAAACGGGAUUCCGGCUGGGCGAGCCGCAGGACGGCAUCACCGGGCAUCCCGCGGCGGGGAGCCCCGGCGGCUCUGGCAGGUCCCCGCUGUCCCUCCCCGCACACACACACUCUCAGCCCAGCCCGGAAAGCAGGAAAAAAAAAAAUUACAAGAUUUCCCCCCUUUUCCCCGAGCUCCUCGCUCCGUGACUCUCGAGUGGAAAAAAACGCCCCCGGGGCGAAGGGCGGCGGGAGGGGGGGGUGUCGGUAGAAAGCCGGUGAAGGGGCAGAGCCGCUCCGUGGGGAGGGCAGCCCCAGGCAGCCCCCGCCCGCCCGGGGAGGGGGGGAUGAGGUAGAGGCCGGCGGCGGAGCGCCCGCCGGGCGCCGUGGCCGCGGAGGGCAUGAGGCGGCGAGCGGCGGGGAUGGGCUCCAGCACCAGAGCGCGGUGUUAGAGCCCCGGCAGCACCCGAGGUCUGAGAGGACAGUAGCCUGUACGAUACGGUGGGAUCUGGUUUUCAAAAUGGAAUUGCAGCUCGCGCUCCUUUUCGCAGGGAUAAUUGCAUUUUCGGACUCGGCGAGAGGCCCCCCAAGGAUUGCCGAUAAAGUGAUUCACCGCCAGUCCGUGAGGCUGGGGAGGACCAUCAAGCUCCUGUGCCCGGUGGAAGGCGACCCCCCUCCCCUCACCAUGUGGAUGAAGGAUGGACGGACUAUCCACAGCGGCUGGACAAGGUUCCGGAUCCUUCAGCAAGGGCUGAAAAUCAAGGAGGUGGAAAGCGAAGAUGCGGGAACCUACAUUUGCAAAGCCACCAACGGCUUCGGCAGCACCAACGUGAACUACACCCUGAUCGUAAUUGAUGAUGCCAGCUCAGGAAAGGAUAGCCAGGUACCUGAAGGUUCCAACGGAGAAUAUGAAGAUCAUUCUGGGAAGCAAUGGGCCCGGCCCAGGUUCACACAGCCUGCCAAGAUGAGACGGAGGGUGAUCGCCCGUCCUGUCGGCAGCUCCAUCCGCCUCAAGUGCGUGGCCAGUGGGAAUCCAAGGCCUGACAUCACGUGGCUGAAGGACAAUAAGCCCCUCACUCCCCAAGAGAUUGGGGAGAACAAGAAGAAGAAGUGGACGUUGAACCUGAAGAACCUGAAGCCGGAGGACAGUGGGAAAUACACCUGCCGGGUGUUUAACAAAGUUGGAGAAAUCAAUGCAACGUACAAAGUUGAAGUGAUCCAGAGGACGAGGUCCAAGCCCAUCCUGACAGGGACACACCCUGUCAACACGACGGUGGACUACGGUGGGACCACAUCCUUCCAGUGCAAAGUCCGCAGUGACGUCAAACCCGUCAUCCAGUGGUUGAAAAGGGUGGAAUAUGGCACAGAGAGCAAGUACAACUCCACCAUCGAUGUCGGGGGGCAGAAGUUUGUUGUGCUGCCCACAGGGGAGGUCUGGUCCCGCCCAGAUGGUUCCUACCUGAACAAACUGAUGAUUACUCGAGCCAAGGAGGAGGAUGCAGGGAUGUACAUUUGCCUGGGGGCAAACACCAUGGGCUACAGCUUUCGCAGCGCUUUUCUCACAGUCCUGCCAGAUCCCAAGCCUCCGAGUGCACCUGUGCCCCCUUCCUCGGCCAGCAGCCUGCCCUGGCCUGUGAUCAUCGGCAUCCCCGCCGGAGCUGUCUUCAUCUUUGGGACGAUCCUCCUGUGGCUUUGCCAGUCCAAGAAGAAACCCUGCUCCCCUCCAGCUGCUGCCCCCGUGCACCGGCCACAGCCCCGGGACAGGAUCUGUGUCUCCCAGGUCCCGGACAAAGACUGCAUCUCCUCCAUAAACUAUGAGGAAUAUGUGGCCCAGCAGCAGCAUUUGCUGUCCCAAGGGCCUGCGCUCGCCCCAGCCAUGGCAUCCAAAAUGUACCCAAAGAUUUACACGGACAUCCACACCCACACCCACUCGCACGUGGAAGGCAAAGUCCACCAGCACCAACACAUCCAGUACCAGUGCUAAGAGCUGGCCCUGUACAGUAGCUCGUUUUUGGGCUUUCCCUUGUGGUACCUCAGAAGAGACUGCUCCAAGUCAGCUCUCACUGCCAGCAAUAGGCAAAGCAGACAGAAAAGAUUUUAUAUAUAAUUUUAAAUAUAUAUAUACAUAUAUAUAUAAUUGUAUAUGCGUGUGUGUAUGUGUGUAUAUAUAUAUGUGUAUAUAUCUAUAUCUAUCUAUAUAAAUAUAUAUAUAAUAGAGAAAGACAGAGAAAAGAGAUUUUUUUUUUAAUUAUUGCAAUCAGGAUGUAGCUGAGGAAUAAUGAAGGAUCUCCAUAUCACAGCAGAGAGGCAGCCAUCUCCAACAGCGAAGCCUUCCUGGAUAUUUUAAUCAAGGUGGCAACAAGUGAGGCAGGACAUAGGGAUGUGAACCACCACCUCCUUUCUUGUGUUACUAAGAGGAGCAACUAGAGCAAGAGGUGUGUGUGGUACUUUUCUGGAUGUGCACUGCUGUUCCUGUGCCAGUUACACAUCACUUGUUUUGGUGGGAAGCCCCCAGACCUGUCCUGCUCUGAGUGACCCGAGCUCUCAAGUACUUGACGUUUAGAGCCAAAGCACCAGGAGACAUAACCAAUUCAUCUCUUCCAGGAGGAAAAAAUAACACAAGAGGGUCUGGAAAAACCAAUUUCCAUUCACAAGGGGAAAUGCUGAAUGCUUCUCAGUCACAGUGAGCACAACCAGCUAACCGAACUGUUUGGUUCUAUUUCUGCAAGGUCAAGACAUCUUGUUUCCCAUGGGAUGUUCUGCAGAUCAAGCCACAAAAUCGCCGCUCCCCUGGUCCUAGGACUCAGUGCCACUGCCAGGAAAAAGGAGAGAAGGAAUGAGGAACAUUGUACAGAACACCUUUAUAUUUAUAUUUAAGAAAUAAUAAUAAAUAAUAAUAAUAAUAAUUGAACUGCUGAUGGUGAAGAAAGCAAAACACACUGUCCUUCUCGAUGGCUUACAGCGACAAGCUACUGGAUUUUCUACAUCAAUGCAAAAUACAUGAAAGCAUUAGAAAAAAGUGUAAGAAACAAAGAGAAUGAAAUAAUAAUCUUGUAGGAAAAAUGCAUUUGAGAAAUACUCACCUAGGUUGUGUGUGGUUGCCCCCUCCCCUCAGAUAUCAUUUUGGAAAUGAUAAAACUUCAUUGCAGUUCAACAGUAAAAACAGAAAGAAGAGAAAAUAAAUAAGGACCAUAUUAAAUACCUAUAUGGACUGGGAAUGAAUCCAAUUGCAAAAUAUAAAACCUUUGUAAUUCUAUAUAGAGUUUAAACAGAAGUCAUGUAUAUUUAAUUUAUUUUGUUAAACAAGAAAAAAAAAUGUAUGAUAUUUUCCUCGAAACAGGCAUUUCUAUACAUAUUUUUGAUCAAAGAAAAUAAAGAUUUUUUUUUUCCAGGUUCUGUAGAUGCCAUGCUCAGAGUAUGCUCAAUGUAGCUUGUGACCAACUGUGCUUCUCCUAACCUGGUGGUCACCCGUCUCUAUGCCUUUGUACACUAACCAUGUGUAAUCUCCUAUCACCUCAGGUACUGCUGGUGCCAUCCUUUCCAUCAGAAACUGACCUUUUUCCCUGCUUAUAUUCUGACUGUGAGGGUCUGCAAUGGCCAGUUCACUACUCAUGGACCCCGUUCAUCUUCAGUAGCAGAGCUCUGUGCUCAUCACUAUGCAUUUUUGGGGGGAGUUUGGGAGGAGGUUUCAUUAGAUUUUUAAGCACAAAUCUGCAGCGGGUCUUCUUCUUAAAAGAAAAUUUUGUAAAUCAAAACAUAAUAAUUUGUGAGGCUGUAAAAGGAACCUUGGCCUCACGGUGGGUGCUUGGAAGGGGAAAUUAUGGAAUGCAGGUGAAACAAUUUGUAGCUGCAGCUGCUGCAGGAGGCAGCGGAGGCUGAGCUGGGAGCAACAAGAAGAGCUGGAGCUGUUCCCCUCUCCAGUGGGCCUUGAACCUUCAUUCUUCUGCACACCAACAAGAGGCACCCAACUCCUCAGUGGCCAAAAUUUUCUUUAGAGAAGGCAGCUUCAGCAAUGCUGCAACUGUUUGCUCUUCUCUUGAGUUUCAUUUAAAGUUUACUGGUAAAAAAAAACAAAAAACAACCUGAAAAUCUGAAAAUGAGAGUUUUUAAGUUUGAAAUUACUUCCUUCUCAAGCCUGUUCUGUGAAACAGAUCCCCACCAAACCAGAUACUCGGUUUAAUAGUGAAACACUUUAUUUAAUCUGAAACAAAGCAGUGCUUUAGGCUUUGCUUUUCUCUGAACAUUUCUGAAGGUAUUUGCUCUGUGUUGACCUGCAGUGAUUUUUCUGGUGGUUUGUUUGAAUCACCAGCAAACCAAACAGUUCCCUGUUUGCUCAGCCGCAGGGCUGUGAGAUGGGGCCCUGAUUCAGUGAAACACAUCAGCUCCUGCUUUUCUUCAUCAAUACAUGCUGCUCCAAAAGGUCCCUUUUUUUGCUUUAGUAGUGGGAUAUCCAUGUAAUAACCUCUACAGGAAGACCAUUCCUCACCAUAGUGUUCCUACAGAGGUUGUAAUAAAGCAACCCAUCGCUAACCAUUGUUUCUUUUUCAGCAGGAGGGUUCAGUUAAACUUUGUUAACACAAAUUGAUGAGGUCCCUAAAAGCUAAAUUCAGAUUAAGGGUACCUUCAUAUGCAUCCUCUCAGCUUCAGGGAAACUUAAAUUUGAGGACUGAGGACUCUGUUUGGAUAUAAGGCAUGAUUUAGUCAGGAGUUUUUAAUGGCUGUAGUAUACUGAGUAAUUUCAUUAAAAAAAAAGGCUUUAUACACUAAGUGCAUCACCUUUAUUUCAAGAAGACAGUAAGUGUAUGAGAGAUACUAAGGGCUACAUCUCAUAUGUAAUACCUGUGGGAAGCUUCUUACUGCACCAUGGUACAUCCCAAGCCACUGCACGUUCCAGCAACAUUAGAGGCAUGGCAAAGGGCAGGAUUCCCCCAUAAGGCCGUGGCCCUUCUCUGCUCUCUAGUCCAGUGCUGCAGCAAGAGGACACUUCUAACACAUGCUGUGCUAGUGGUACUGAUACCAGCUUCAAAGGUGGAGGUGAACACUGGGCUUGUAUGGUUCAGCUGAGCAAACCCUGAGAGAUUAUCUUACAGCACUUUUUCAAAUGGCAGCUACAUCUCUGACCCUCAGAGAGAGGGUUAGUGGGUUAAAAGAGGCAAUCCUGCAUUUCCCACACAGCACAGUCUUCCAGGCUGUGUGUAGCACUCUCCACCAGUGCCUUCUGCCCUUUGUGAUCCAGCUCCAUAGUCUUUUAUCAUCCAGUCAAAACCUCCGCGUUUUGCCACAUGGCUCAAGUGGAAGGAGUGGUUUCUUCCUGCCCCUUAAAGCUCCUGCAUUAGAGAUAAAUCUCUAGUGAUGCUGGCAGAGCUCUCCAAAGGCAAAGCUGCAGUGAACUACCCAGCGUGGAUGAAGCAUCAGCCCAGCACAGCUGCAGCUCCCGAGAAGGCAGCUCUGGUUUUGGAUGUGCCAUGAGAGAUGCUGUGAAGGUCUUGAUUUGCAGAAAGCGUGGGGAUUUCAUCCUGCCUUGGGUAUCUGCUCCCUCAUGAGCAUCUCCUGUUGCACACCAAAACUGCUGUGAAAUUUCGUCCCAGGAAAAUAUCGUCAUAUGUCGUGUAGAGGGCUGUAGGUAUUGUCUGGGCCUUUUGCUGUGCUGGGGGAGGUGUUCAUGUUUUUGAGGAAUUAUUUUGCCUCCACGAGGUACCUGUAAGGACUCUUUUGAGUCCCUCUGUCCCAUACCCUACUGCAUGCCAUUGAUUUUUAGGGCUUGGUUGUGCCUUGCAUAUAUUGCAAAGUCUUCCUUAGUUCAAAUAAAUUCAACCAGGUUGUGCUUGUGUAUGAAUUUUUUUUUUCAGUGGAAAAAGAUUUGGAUGCAUCUUCAUUCCUGAAUAGAGGGUGUUUAGGGAAAACCAUAGUCUUGCCAUUAGUAACUGACACUAUUUUGAACACAAAAGUUUUUAUUUCAUGUAUUUGUAUACAUAUACAUAUACAUAUAGGCGUAUAGGUGUACAUGCCAGGCUGUGAUACAGAAGGCAGUUGUACUUUUAAACACAUGGAGCUUCAAAGAUCAAAGGAAUUUUAGGCUUAAAACUCACUAUCUGUUAAUUUUAUUUGCGUUAGAGAUCAAACAUGGCCUUACCUGCCAGUUUGUGUGUGGCUUUUUUAAACUUUAUAUGGACAAUCUUUCUAUGGUCGGCCCCUUUCAAACUGAAAACUUAUCAGACAUUGAAAAUAAAAAGUGUUAAAGUGUUCUAUGAUUUUCAGUUGGUGACAAAUAUAGUAACUGAACACAUCAAAAGGAGACAGAACGGCACAGCUUGUCUGUGUCUGUGGCUUUGUAAUAAAAGUUACAGAAGAAAUGGAAUAAAAGCCUGAAAUUGUGUUAA